UCAAGACUAAGUUCAAGAUCAAGGUGGCGGGACGAAGAUGAUUCCUUCCUCUCUACGCAGAAUGAGUGGACCGUUACCUCUUAUCUCCUAGGCGGCAAGUGUGUGCGAUCUUUGUGUCCGGAGGUAAAGAAGAGCAAGGAAAGUAAGGGGCCCGAGGCAGAGGGGCAGGCUAUGCAGUGAAUAAUAGCAUUCCACAAGUGGCAAGAACAGGACUGGAGGCAGCAUGAGUUCAGCAGAAAAGAAGUAUCGCCGUACCAGGAGGGUAGUGACGCAUGCCAAUCCUCUGUUUGACACCUGGCUUCUGGAGUGGCAGGAGGAAGCAGGGAAGAGGGACUCAAAGAUGAAGUACAACUUUCAGAGAGCACGCAAGUCCCUGUCCCUCUACCCUCUGCCACUAUACACAGGACGAGACUGCAAGUUGCUAGCCAACUUUGGCAAUAAAAUAUGCCAAAUGUUGGACCAACGCUUGGCUCAGCAUGAGGAAGAGUUUGGUGCAACAGAUUGGAUGCAGAUCCACAAGAUAAAAGGAACACCAAGAAGCAAAAAGAGAAAAAAAACUAGUACUUCUGCAACUGUCACUGUCCCCUCCACCUCCACCCCAGUCGCUUCCACUGCUAGAGGCAAAAAAUCUCUUGCCCUACAAGUUCCAGGAAAGAGUGGAAGUGAAGAUACCUUGAGGAAGAGAAGGAGCAGAUCUAAGAGGCAAUACAUUCCUUUAUUUAGAUCAGGUGCCUAUGCUCUGCUGAUGGCUCUCUAUCGAGCUACAUUCCAGUCAAACUAUGAAGGCUUCAUGAAAAAGGACGAUCUGAUAGCAGAUGCUCAACCUCUAUGUGAUUCCUCUUUCUCAAAGCCAGAUAAGGUGGGGUGCUACUACUCUGCAUGGUCUUCCAUUAACACACUUAUCAAGAAUGGCCUUGUUGCCCGCCAGAGCCGCCCUCCCAAGUUCAGCAUAACAGAUGAAGGUAAAGCUCUAGCCAUGCAGCUGGAUGAUGAAAAGAGGAAUGUGGAUACGGAAUGUGUAGAGAAUUUGCCACCUGUCUCACCUCCCACUGAGACAGCAAGGGAACAACUUACUGACCACCAUUUUCGGGCACACACCCUUUCUUCCUCCUCAUCUACUGAUGAUAGUGAAGAGGAUGGUGAUGGUGGAGUAGGGGAGGUGAGCUUCUCUACUCCUUUCACCGAGCCAAGUCCAAUUUCACCACAGCCAAACUGCACUUCAAGGGAGGGGGAGAAAGAGGUGGAGUGGGAAGAGGAAGAAAGUACAAGGAGAAAAAAAGUGAGCAAGGCAGGUCCUUUGAAUUCCCCAACCUGCAAGAAUAACCAAGUGUCCCGGGACUUCCCACGACCACAGUCAUCUACUAUGUCUGCAGGAAUGCUGAGGUUCAGCUAUGUGUCAUCCUUGGACCUGGAGACCCCCCUAAAGGACAAAGCAAGUGUUACUGUGGAGGAGGAUGGAUUCCUUGGAUUUCUGAUCAAGUGUGGUGCUUCAAAUCUACAAGAAUCAGGCUUCCACCACCGCCUUGACCACACUAGGACUGCUCCACCUGGAUUUGUAUAUGCCUACCUGUCCAAUGAGUGUGCUCCAGAUCAAUGCACUGGGCUAGAUUGGUUGACAGCCAAGCCCUCUACUCCAGCCGUCCCAACAGUAGACCCUAAACAUCCCACUGCCAAGUCAAAAAGGAAAAAACUUUCUAAUCCACCUUCAGAUUCAUCUGCCUCAUUUGUCCCAUCAUCCAAGAAGAAACCAGCUCAAUCACAAAGAGGGCUCAAUGCAGAAAGAAUCCUCAUGGUGCCUCUUACUCCUGCCUCUACUGAUGUCACUUCUGCAUCAUCCAGUAUGCCAUUCAUACUAAGUCCUGGGAAUUUUGAAGUCAUUCUCUGUAUUGACAUUGCAGAAACAAGUGGAAAAUCAGCAGAUGCCCAACCAAGUAAAAAGGAUGUCAUUCUCUCGGAGUUGAUGAGGAAUGGUGUGAAAUAUGACAUAAGAAAGCUACAUGUGGGUGACUUCCUCUGGGUGUGUCGGGAGGUCCCUUCUCAUGCGUCCUUAAGUCACAGGGUUUCUAGAAAGGUGAGAUGA